AGCGACUCAAUGGCCUAUGAGAGAAUAAGCUGAGCGAUGCUGGCCUUUGGAUACUUCUGCUGACCGCUUUGAUUUCGGGAUGUUACAAGUGAGAUCCGGGCUUCGUGAGAUGAUCUUCGAUUUCUAAUCUCCACCAAUUUGUUAAAGAAUAAAGAUAGAGAAAAGCCACAAAGUACUAGUAGGUGCCUGCAUAGAUCGAUUAUCAAUACGACAAUGCCUCAAAGCGAUCACAUUCGUAAUAGCAACCCUCGAACAUCGCGGAAGUAUGGAUUUGCCUGUUCAAAUUGCAGGCGACGGAAAGCAAGGUGUAAUGGCGCUAUGCCAGCUUGUCAAAAAUGUCUUGCCAGCAACGAGAGUUGUUCAUAUGAUAAAGCGCCGUCGGUAGCCUAUGCUGUAUCGCUACAAAAUCAAUUGCAAGCAUACAAGGACCGGAUCGAAGAACUUCGGCAAGUGAAGGAUGAGGACCGCGAUGCUCUCCUUAACGAACCCAUUUGCACAGUAAGCCCAAACGAGGGCCGGUCCCGAGCAUUUAAAGGCAAUUCGGAUGUCCACAUUCCAUUGCGGAUAGAUACUACCACCAAGCAAGGCACGGCUGAUGCGGCCGAGAUGACCUCUGUUGGAACCGACGGUCGUGUCUGCUUCUAUGGAAAAACCAGUCUGUACCACAUCGACCCCCAUAACUUUGAGCCAGAUAGUCCUGAGACGAACCAUGACACUAGUAUCGAAGAGAAUAGCCACGACAUGACCUAUAUGCCUUCUGUAUAUCCAGACUUUUGUGAUACAGCAUCGAUCCUGGCAGAGACCCCUUCAGCGCUCCUAACCGACCUUCUCAACACCUAUUGGACAUACCCACAUCACCUGCAUUGCGUAUUGUGCAAGCCUCUGUUCCUACGAGAUCUAUACAGUUCAGGGCCAUACGUCACCCCUUUUCUGCUAUGUGCUGUGCUCACACAAGCUGCCCGAUAUUCUACACGCUUAGAUGCCGUGGAGAUCGGGCAAGGAUUUGCGGCCAAGGCCCUACAACUGUUACCACGCGACAUUGAAAAGGGUAGCUCCAUCCCUACUAUCCAAGGUCUUCUUGUAUUCUCAGCCCGCGAAUGUGCCUGUGGCCGUGUAUCCCAGGGUUGGCUUUACUCCGGAAUGGCAUUCCGGAUGAUGCGAGACCUCGGAAUAGACGUUUCUCCUAAGAAACUUGGACACUUGGCAAAACAGUUUUCUGAAGAAGAUCUCGCGAUACGGCAACAGGUCUUCUGGAGUUGUUACACAUGGGAUAAAACCAUGAGCGUGUGCCUUGGCCGGCCUGCGGUAUUACACUGCUCUGUGGAGUUACCCACGUCAGACACAUUACCCUUCGGACGCGAAGCAGACGACGAAAUAUGGCCGCCGACAUUAACCAACGGUUCACUCGCGGAUGGCCUUGUGAAGCAGAAGGCUUUGAGCAGUGCUAGAUUCGUUGCUUACUGCGAGCUCUCCAUCAUCACCGAAAGUAUUCUGGAUACGUUAUAUUCCAGGCCGCAUAGCGGACAGCAAGACCACCUCCUAACAUAUCUCGACACGACACUGCAGAGAUUGCACUCUUGGGCGGAUCGAUUGCGUCCUGAAUUAUUCGUUAAAGAAACCGCCACAACCAUCGUGUCUCCCCCACUACACAUCUUGCUUCUGAACCUAACGUACCACGCAGCCACCAUUCUCUUAUGCCGACCGUACCGAACAGUACAGCAAAAUGCCAAAGAGAGAUGCACCAAAGCAUCGAAAAUGGUCGAUACGCUCUUUAUACUGCACGUCAAGCGCUUCGGCUUCCGAUAUGUGACUUACCUGCAGACGUACACAUUAUUCGUCGCAUGCACAAUAAAUGUUCUCGAUUUCACUGAAAGUGAUGGACCGUCUGGAGACUCGACGUUAGCUAGAGAAGCGAAUGCCAGACUCCAUUUCGGGCUCGAGAUCUUCAGACAGGCAAAUAGCACACCGGCCGCAGCUCGAUGCGCCGCCACCAUUUCCCAGCUCUUCCAACGGCAGAAGACAUCCAAGCAGAACGAGAAGACAAAUCCGACAGCUAGCGCAAGACUCGAUUCUCCUACAACAGAUGUAGUCGCUAGUUCCAGCACCCGGGAACCCGCGAUAUCCUCUUUACCGACCCUCCCAACGCCGUAUCAACCGCACGUUACGAUUCCCGAACCGGUACCAACGAUUGAUGGCCCGCGCAUUCAAGAUCGAAAUAUGGCGGAGCCCUUUGAUUUCUCUCUUCCGAUUGAAACGCCGUUACGGUGGUUACCGGAGAAUGUCCAGGAUGAUGGGAGUUGGAUGUUGAUGACGGAUGUGAAUUUCAAUGGCGAUUUCGAUUUCUCAUCGAUGGCAGAAUUCUCAUGAUCUGGAAACCUGAGAAUUAUUUUUCUGUCUGCUAGGUGUAAUAAACGAAUUGAAACAGGCAU